GGGAUGGGAUGGGAUGGGGAGGGGGGGAAGGAAGGAAGGAAGGAAGGAAGGAGGGGAAAAGGCACCAACCAGCGGCGGCUCCGGCUCGCCUCGCCUGCCCAAGUUUCACUUUUUCGCUGGGGUUCGCUCCCUGGCCUUGGGUGAGGCGCGCCGGGACUAAGUAGCUUUAAUAGAGCGGCCGGAGGCCGGCGUGCGCGGCAAGGGCUUCAGGAGCCUGCUGAGAGGUGUCUUUGGGGAGAGACCCGGAGAAAGUCCUCGCAGGGCUGAGCCGCUUCUCCGUCAGAACCCUGCUUUGGAGUCAUCUUGUCCCCCAUCGGACCUCCCUCCAAGGCUUCUGCACGAGGAAGAAGAGCGUGGCUCCGGGAUUCCGGGAGAGAGAGAGGGAGCCGCCGGGGAGACCCGCCUCGCCCACCAGGAGCUGAGCCGUUGGCUGACGCGGGCAUCCCUGGACCCUUGCUGUCCCCGCCGACCAUCGCCGCUGAGGCAGGCCUUCGGGGCCCCACCAAGUCAUCCAUCAUGUCUCACCCUUCGUGGCUUCCCCCCAAGAACACUGGGGAAUCCCUCGGUCAUGUUCCUGCUCGGAUGGAGACGACACAUUCCUUUGGGACCCCGAGUAUCUCUGUGUCUAUGCAGCAACCACCCAAGAAGUUUGCUCCAGUAGUGGCCCCCAAGCCUAAGUACAAUCCCUACAAGGCUCCUGGUGGUGAAGGUGAUUUCCUGCCCCCUCCUCCUCCGCCUCUGGAUGACGUCGGCGCUCUCCCCCCUGGACCGGGCUCCUUCCCCCCUCCUCCUCCUCCGCCACUUGAUGAGGGUGUUUUCAACGUUCAGGUGAAUCCUGGGAGCAAGACUCUCGAGGAGCGUCGUUCCAGUUUGGAUGCAGAAAUUGACUCCUUGACCAGCAUCCUGGCCGACCUAGAAUGUAGCUCCCCUUACAAGCCGAGAUCUCAGCAGGGAGCUGCCAUGUCCACGGCCUCGGCUCCAGUCUCCACACCGGUCACGGGGCACAAGCGGAUGGUCAUCCCCAACCAGCCCCCUCUCACAGCCACCAAGAAGUCGGCGUUGAAGCCGCAGGCGGCGAGUCAGCCGUCGCCCAUCGCCGUGGCGCCCAUCGGCGUGCUGAAGCCCCAGCCCCAGCCCGUGCCGGCCUCCUACGCGACGGCCUCCACCCCGUCGAGGCCCACGUUCAACGUGCACGUGAAGUCGGCCCAGCCCAGCUCUCACUUCCUGGCCGCCGGCUCCCCCGGCCAGUACUACGGCUCCGGGCCGAGCCACGCGCACGCCCCUGCGGCUCCCGCUCCCUACGGCCCCCCGACGUCCCGGGGCGGCCCCGAGUUCGGCUACGCUCCCCCUCCUGGCCGGCAGCCCGAGCCGUCGUACGGCUACGCCCCCGGGCACGGCCGCUACCCCGACCCCUACUACCCGGCCUACGGGGGCCGCAACGGAUCCGAGCCGCCUUACGGCCAGCCCAGUCCCUGGAAGGCCGAGGCCGCGUACGGGCCCCCCGCUCCGGCCGGGCCCCCGCAGCCCGCCGGCCUGUACCCGGCUCUGGAGCCCAAGAAGACGUACAUCACGGACCCCGGGCCGGCCCCGCACAGCGCGGCGCCGCCACAGCCCAAGGGUGGCCCCCCAGGUCCUGGAGGACCUGCGUCUGCCCCGUCCUUCCGGCCGGAGGAUGAGCUGGAGCAUCUCACCAAGAAGAUGCUGUAUGACAUGGAGAACCCGCCUUCUGAGGAGUACUUCGGCCGCUGCGCCCGCUGUGGCGAGAACGUCGUUGGCGAAGGCACCGGCUGCACCGCCAUGGACCAGGUCUUCCACGUGGACUGCUUCACCUGCAUCGUGUGCAGCACCAAGCUCCGCGGGCAGCCCUUCUAUGCGGUGGAGAAGAAGGCCUACUGUGAGCCCUGCUACAUAAACACCCUAGAGCAGUGCAACGUGUGUGCCAAGCCCAUCAUGGAGCGGAUCCUGCGAGCCACAGGGAAGGCUUACCACCCUCACUGCUUUACCUGUGUUAUGUGUCGCCGUAGUUUGGACGGGAUCCCAUUCACCGUGGAUGCCAGUGGCCACAUCCACUGCAUUGAGGACUUCCACAAGAAAUUUGCUCCUCGAUGCUCAGUGUGCAAAGAACCAAUUAUGCCUGCUCCAGGCCAAGAGGAGACUGUGCGUAUUGUGGCCUUGGAUCGGGACUUCCAUGUUCAAUGCUACCGUUGUGAGGAUUGUGGUGGCCUCCUGUCUGAAGGGGACAAUCAGGGCUGCUACCCAUUGGAUGGGCAUAUCCUCUGCAAGACCUGCAACUCAGCUCGCAUCCGUGUCCUGACUGCCAAGGCCAGCACUGACCUCUGAGAAUUGUCUGUGGCCAUUCUGUUGGAUGGGGGGAGGGGGAGGAAAAGGAGGGGAGGAGGGGGGAAGGCAGCAUGGCCCAGAGUCAAGCCUGGCGCCAUCUUAGGGGUGGAAAGGCAGGGAAGGAGAGGAACGAGCGCCCCUCUCUUUCCUACGGCCCUCUCCUGGGAAGCACACUGAAUCACCUGGCUUGUUGGUAGGUCUCAGCAGAAGCACAAAUCAUCCCGUUAGCCAGGUCGAAUCCUGACUGACUUCACUCGAACCCAUGGAUGGUCCUCAUCCAUCCCCUUCACAUUGCAUUCCUCUCACUUUUAGUCCUUGCAUUGCCUGACUCGCCUUCUGGCUGAACAGCUUUUUAUAGCCUAGGAUUGUACUGUGGCAGAGUGUUUAUUCCGUGGCGAUGCCAGCUUCGAAGAGCCUGAGCAGGAACACAGCAGCCCCUCCAUGAAGGCUUGGCUUCUCGGAGCUGGUACUCGCCAAGGCUAGACACUCUGUUUAUGUAUAUAGGAAAUUAUAUCUUUGUUUGACUAGAACUCUAAAACCAGUUAUGUGCCUUGAAAAGAAAUCACGCCAUUUUCCACUAGAGUACAAAGAAUGUAGCUAAUAUAUGACACCGUCAGCGUCUGGGGAGGAGGAGACCUCUGGCGUGCAUCAGGCCAAAGCUGUGCUCAUCGAUUUGUAAUGGCCAGAGCGCCAGUGGGGGCCAGGCCGGCCCUGCCUGAGUUUGCACGCAGAUUUCCAUUGGUUGAGAGAAGUCUCCUGAUUUCAUGAGCCGAAGGAACCAGCUCAGUGUGGAGGGGCCCCAAGGAACCUUCAGGGGCUUGGAGCUGGGCUUCUAGCAUCCCGUAGCAUUCUCACUUAUUUUUCCAAGAGGGUCAGUCUUCUUCGCCCACAGGGCCUUGUCCAAGACCACCGAGGGGGACUGGCCUCCCUAUACUGAACCCAGAUUGAAGGGCUCCUUUCUGGAGAAAUGCCGCCAUUUCCCCUGCCUCACAACCAUCGGCAAUGAGUGGCAUCCGCCUCCUCUCAAGGGUGCAAAGCCUAUUCUGCCCCUCUGACCUGGCCAAAAUGGUUGUGAUCCAGGACUCCAAAUGGUUGUUAAAUUGUCAUUGAUUCGUUGCCAAAAGAAAAGGAGCAAGAGAGACCUCAGCUUUCGUUAAAAUCUCAUUUGAUCCAGCGUUCUAGCAUUUAUUCCCAAGAGGCCAAGGAAGUCACUGAGAAAAAAGACAAAAACAAAAAUAAAAAAGACCCCAAACCUUGCAAUUUGCCAUCAGCAAACUCUCAGGAUUGAGCUUAGUAGAAAACCAGAUCACCUUCUCCACUGACUAUUAGGAGACUGGGGUAGGGGAGGAGUGAGAAAUAUAUAUAUAUAUAUAUAUAUAUAUAUAUAUAUAUAUAUCCAUCCCCAUUGGCCAUUUUGUUUUAGACUUGAGUGCUCAGUCUAUGGAUAACCAUUUGCUCUUCAGUGGUAUGGAACAAGGUGAGCUUUUGUCCAUGGAUCUGAUCUUAUAGUCUGGGAGUUGUCCAGUGCUGCAGAGUUGGUUGACUGGACUUUUCAUGGGCGCUGCCUCCCCCAAUGCUUAACCCCUGGUCUCUCACGUCCUGCCUUGGCAGUGACUUGGCUGCUCCCUUGGCUGGUUGGAUCCAACCUUGGGAAUUUCCAGGGUGUCUCUCUGUAAUCACGACUUCCUUACAAAUAAGGUUCAUUUUUGUGCUCCCCCUCUUUGUCCAAUUUUAAGAAAUGAGAAACAAAACAUGUUAAGUUUCGGUGACCGCCGUGUCUCCAAUGCUUAGGCCACUACCAUCCCUCAGGCUUCUGUCCCUCCCUCCUCCUUCUAGCACAGACCUCACCGUUUGGGGAAUAGGAUCUCUGGGGGCCCUGGACUCCCUCGGGGCAGCAGCCUGGGCCUAGAAAAUGGUGGCCCUCAACCAACUCUCCAGAUGGAGCUCAGUGGAAAACUAGACCACAUCCAGCACUGACUCUUGGGAAAUGGAAGUGGUGGGACGGGAAGGCCUAGUAGACCAGCAUAUACCUAAUAGUUUGUUUUCUAGGAAGGGUAUCCGUAGCGACCUGUUGUUCCUCCAUCACAAAAGCUAGAGCCCACCUCUACCAGGAAUGAGCUUUCUCUUUUGUAAGGGACAGUCAGAAUUGUCCGGAGUCAGAAUUGUCCCAAGACAAAGAGCUGAGCAUCUCCUUGUGCUCGUUGGGAAAGAAGCAAAGGUUGCUGGCCGUCUUCACCAGGCCCCCGAGAGUUCUAUGGAACCGAAUGUUCCCACACUCCUCAGCAGGCCCUCUGAAGAAGAGGCUGUCCUGGCCCUCAGCCCCAGCAGGCCUCCUGGGUACCAGCACAGGCCUGCUUUCUCACCAUCUUAAUAGCGUAUUUAUCACAUAACCUCAUAUAUCUUUGCCAAAGAUUUUAAAAGUCAAUCUGUUUUUAAUAUACACUUUCUUAGACUUUUGUAAUGAUAAAUGUGCACACUGUUCAUGACACAGAAGUAUUUAGAGUUUGUGUGUGUGUGUGUGUGUUUCCUUUCCCAAGAAAUAGAAAGGAUUUUAAAUAGCUUAUUCAAAGUUUUUGUUCAUUUUAGUCUCUGAUUUUAUUUUCUUCUCUUCCGGAGAGGAAAAAAAUUAUUUUUCCUCUCUUUGCCAGUGAUUAUUUCACUUUAUGAAUGACAGCUUCACCACCGUGGGCCUUUCUGAUUGAGCUGUGUGACAUCUUGCCUAUGUCAUGCAUGAUUUAUUAAAAUAAUAUAACCUUAAGGGGAAAAUGAUAUUCUAUCAAAAAACAAUAAAAAUAAACAGGAAAAAAAUAAAAUACUGUCCUUCUUUGCCUAUUAAUGCAUAGGAAAGGAAAGAGAUAAAUCAUCCCAGAUAUGGACUAGAACAUUUAAGAAAUAUAUUUUGCUUUAAUCAAUUCAUCCUGCCAACUUUGGGUAAUAUUUUGAAGCCUGGGAGACAUGGAAAAAUGCAAAAAAAAAAAUACCCAAAGCAUUGUGUGCUAUGCAAAUUAGUUUUUUAAAUGAAGAUUCUUAAUUUUCUGAAGUCUCAGUACGUGCCUGGUGCAUAUGAGAACUCAUCUGGUGGUUGUCCUCUCCUUUAACAGAUAAAAGCCAUUUGUAUGUUCCAAUCUAAGCCAAAGUCCUAAAAAACUGUGUCUCUGAAACAGCCAGCUCUGGGGUUUUUUCUUUCUUUCCCUAUGUCAUUAGUGUAGUGUCAUGGUGUGUGUGUGUGUGUCAGAGAGACAGAGACAGAGACAGAGAGAGAAGGAAGAAAAACUGAAUUGACCCAAAUCAGCUCCUUAAAGAUAAACACUAGGAAGUCAUUAACACUAGAAAUAUCUUCUAGAGAAGAAAGAUUCUGCCUAGGAUUUGGGUAGGAAGGAAGGAAGGAAGGAAGGAAGGAAGGAAGGAAGGAAGGAAGGAAGGAAGGAAGGAAUGGAAUGGAAUGGAAUGGAAUGGAAACUUGGAGAGCAGAACUUCCUAACAGGCUCUGGCUUUCUUUGUUGGUCAAGAUUCUGUUAACAUGAACCUAGCAGGAAAAGCCUUUUUCUUUCUUGGGGAUAGUGUGGCUCAUCCUGAUGGUGUCGGUUUCUGUGUCGACGGCCUCAUGGUUUUCCCAUUAUCAAAUUGUGAAGGGUGUUGGGGAGAUGUUGGCAGACACUACUGAGGUCAAGGAAACACUGAUGUGGCCUGCUGGCCUCCCGCCACUUCUCCUGACUUUGUACAGCUUGUUUUCUUUUCCUUCCUUCCUUUCCUUUUUUUAAAGCAUUUCUAGAAAUAUUUCUCUUCUACCUUAGUAUUUCACAUUUGUCAUCUAAACAAUUGCUCACCCAUCUGUUGCCUGGAGCUACGGUACAUGUGUGUUGCCAAUGAAAUGUGACAGAGUGUUCCGUGUGCACCCGUUUUUGACAUUUGGGCUUUGAGGGUGGGGGAAGUGUGCUGGAAAGGAUGUGACCCUGUAGAAUAUUCCAGUAGCAAAUCAUGAGGGCAGAGCUCUCCGUGAACUUUUAAUGGAAAAGAUCAAAGAGGAGAAUAUAAUUUUCACCUUAUUUUCAGUCAAGCAACUGACUUGACAACCCACCGAUGAAUUUGUGAGAACAGGAAAAUGUAGCAAAACCAAAAAUAAAUUCAUUAGAAAGACAAGAGCAAAAUUGAGAAAUGCAAAGGACUCUUUCUUUGGCAGAGUCUCCCUGUGUUUCUUUCCUCUCUUGCACAGUUUUUGGCCAUGUCUCCUGAAUCAAGAAAUGUCUCGUUAAUCCCUAAAUCAUGAGGAGCGUUUUAGAACACAAAGGAUGAUUUAUGGCCCGGGGUGAGCGUUUGUGGUUUGACCUCACUCUGGGAUUAGUCAGCCAUGAUGAUAAUAAGGACAAACACUUCACAUUUGUGGCCUCUGACUUCUAUUAAGCAGCCGUUUCGAACAUUGUCUUUGCACGUCCUAUCAGAAUUCAUGCAGAGUUGUCACAUCCACAUUGUGAAUCAGAACCCUAAGCCAGGGAUCUUAUAUGGCUGUGAACAAGCUAUUAAUUUACUCAGCGAAAUAGUGGCAUGAGAUCCCCCACCCACCACCACCACCACCAUUCCCGCCCCCUUGGUUGGAAUUUCCUCUGGAGUCUUCUUAAAUCUUGAACUAGAAACUGCUGUGAAUAAGUAGAAAUUGGUUCUUCUCUUUUUGAGUUUCAUCAAGUCUUUUCCUUUACUGUUUGGAAGAAAGUCUGGGGUCAGGCGCUCUGGUUAUCCCUCUCCAGGUCCCAUCCCUUCCUGUAGUCCUUAUCGAUGUGUUUCUACAACUUGCCCAUAAAAUCCUCUCCCCACAUGAGGCUUUGCUCUACUUAUUUUAAUGCCGAGAGUUCCAACGAUUCAUGCUGGCUCGCCAUCUCUUCUCUUCUGCCAUCCUCAAUACCUCCAUGACCCAUUUUCUUUUUCAAGCACGUGCCGUCUUUCUGACUGAAAUGUCCAAGUCACCAUUGACCAAAUGCUAAUUCCUACCAGGGUCUACUUACUUGGGGCCUUGCCAUUUCCCUUUCAGUGAUCUGCCAUUUUGAUUUUCACGAGAUCUGGGACCCUGGGAGAUUAUUGGCAUUUAGGAGAUGGGCUUUGGAGGCAAGGGGCAGUCUUAGAUGCCUGAAGGCUUGACAUUUUUGACCCAAUGUAAUACAGUCUUCAUCCCCUUCUCCUUCUCAAGGCUGGACCCGUCUCCUUGUCCAUUACAGGGCCUGUCAAAGAUAGAUAUUUUAGUGAACUGAUUUGACAAACCUUCAGUUCAGGCAGUCAGUAAAUCACUCAACAAAAAUUUAUUAAAUGCAUACUCUAGUCCAGCUACUGUGCUAAGCCCUGGGAACACACACGGACACACAUGCGCACGCACACACACACACACAUACACAUACACACACACACACACACACACACACACACACGAGUUAUCCUUUCCUUUAAAAAGCUCACAAUCUAAAGGAAUUUGUCCAUUUCUCAUUGUCUGGAUCUUUAAUAAAAAUGAAUGACUAAAUAAAUAAAUGGCAUGUAUUUGUUACCUUUACAAUUGAGACAAGCAAUACCACCCCCCACCAAAAAAAUGGGGAGAUGAAAGAUCAACCAAAAGCCAUAUGGCUUCCAAAUACUCUACAAGCUUAAAAAAAUAUUUUUGGAAAAUAGAUCAUGGAAUGUCAUCAACAAAAGGAAGCUAAUAGAGACAAUAUUUCCUUCCUUUUAUUUCCUGACCCAUCAUCUCACAGGUUUUGGGUCAUAGUUCAUGAUCCUUCUUAGAGGAUGCUGCCUUCAUUUUAUCUUUUCCCAAUGGAAGCUCUAAUCUCGUUACUGAUUUGCAAGGUGAUUUAAAAAAUAGCAGAAAAGUUCAAAAAGAGGUAUUUUUAUUUUUGAAACAUCAAGUCAACUAAAAUGUGGAGGUGGAAAAACGUUUUGUUCCUUUGGGAUAUGAUAAUUCUAACUUUCAUGGAGAGGAAAAAUGAUUGUCCUCCCAGAUUUUUGUUGCAGAUCAGCCUUUUACAUAUGACACUAAUAUUAAACAGGAAUAGUCAAAACACUCGAUGUGUGGCCUCGUUCCAACUAAGAGCUUGGAAAUGGUGUCAGCUCCCAAGUUUUUCUUAGAUGACAGAUUAUAAGCCUGCAGUUUACCAAAGCAACUUGAGAGGAAGAAAAUCAGAUUUUGAUCAGCAAAAAAUCUGGAGUUGUGUUUCCAUUUGGACACAAGGUAGUGCCAGCCUGGUUUUGUCCCCAAAAUGGCUUGCCUGAGUCCUUGGUCAGCGUCGUUGCUUGGGAAAGGCAGUGAAAUACCUUAUUUGCUUCUUCUUUGGACUUCUCCAUUUCCUUUUCUCCCACUUGGCACAAGAUUAGUCUUCCCUGAGCUUUCUCUUCUUUGGAAGGUUAGGUUGGAACUAUGUCAAGCAGGCAAAUGGUUGCCCCAGUAGAAGCAUCUUGGAGAUCAUGGUACUCUUGGGUAAGAAACUAGGUUUCGGUCCUUUGGCUUGUUUCUGUGAGCCUUUAUGAAGUGCUCACUGGUGCUAGGGGCUAGGGAUGUAGAGACAAAAGUGGGAGAAACUAUCCUGCCCUCUGCCCUCAGGGAGCUCGUAUUGGAUCAACAGCUUGGGCUUGGUGAAUAAAACUAUUGUUCCCCUGUCUCCCACUUGUAGAGUCAGGAAGCAGCCCAUGAAAGAUGCUGACCAAUAACUGCCCAUUUAAGAACACUGUUUCUGACUCCCCAGAGAAAGGAGUCACUUCCAUAGGAAAGAGAUCCUCAUCCAAGAGGCUUCCCCCCUUUGGGUGACAGUGAGUGGGCUGAAGCCCUUUCCUCCCUGGCAGGCAGGAAUGCUGCAUUAUGAGGAAGUUGCCUUUCCCAGGUGCUUUAAAAUUGAGCUGAUGGUCUUGUAAGGUUACAAGUACUGACAGCUUCCUAAAGGGAUGAGAGGAGGAGGGAGUUUUCAUCACUUGAUGUCCUUCAUGGAUCUUUGCGCCUGGAAGUCAUACGGUCGAUCCCUCACCAGGUCAUCAUCAGGGUUUUCUUUCAUCUCCUUCCAUGACGGUGGUUUGAGGCUUUGCUCGGGUUUUAUCCUUUUAAGCCCAGACUCCUCUGCUAGCCUUCAGGGCCUGAUCCUCAAGAUCCCAGCCCUGCUCCCUUGGAUGAGCAUCAUUUAGGUGGGCAUGUAGAUGCUGAGCCCUGAGAAUAAAGAGAAAGGCAGACACAGCUCUUGCCUUCAAGGACCUCCAUCGUAAUUAAUGCUGGACUCAAGAAUACAAUUUUCCAGAAAAAUAAACUGCAUUAGAGAUAACCAUCUAAGGGGGACGACUUCUUAUUUGGGUCCUGGGCACAUAACUCUCUCCCAGAGGCCAGAGGAAGUGGGCACCGGCGCUUCGGUGCCUUCCUCACUCAGAAGUUUCUUUGCACAACACACGUUUGUCCACCUGCUGGUAUUUCCCUCUUUAGCGACGGUCUAAUUUUAGAGAUCAGUUGGAUGAGACAACCUCUAAGGUCCAUCCCUCCCAACUCUGAUUCGAGGAUUCUGGCUUGUCUCUUCUCUUCUGAUUCUUCUCCAGUUGGCACUGCCUUCAAACACUCAGAGGGGCUUUGCCCCCAGCAGGCACUUAAUUAUCUGCAAACACUUAACCAUGCCAGGGAGCCUCUUCUUUAAAGGAAGCCUGCAGCUAAUCCUUUUGUAAGAUGGAUAAUCCUUCCUUUGUGGAUCUCUUUCAUAUAGGCAAUUCAAUCCAAUACCUAUGGAAGAAGCAUUCUGUGAUAUGCGACAGACAGACCAAACUCCAGGACCCUGAACACUAGCAAGCAAUAGUAACCAUUUCUGGUAGCAUUUUCUUACACAGACCCCAUUCUUGUGGCCAUCUUAGGAGAGCAGUGUUGGGAAAGAUGCCUCAUAGACUCCUCUCCUUCAUGCACCAUUCAUUCCCCCACCUGAUGGCACCAAAGGAAAACCAGAGGCAGAUUUCUGCUCAGCCUCAGGAAAAGCAUUCUGCCUACACACACCAAAAUAAUCCUUGUCUCAGCAGAGAGUGGGCUCACAUCCCCAUAGGUCUAUGUGCAGGCGCCAUUUGUAGUGGGUCAGGCUUGGCAGAGGAGAGAUUGGAAAUCAGAAGAAGGUUAGAUGAGUGAGUGACUGAGAUCCCUUCCAGCUGGGUGAGACUGCAGUUCUGAGAAGUGCUGUCUCCAUGCCUGGCACUCUGUUGGGCACUGAGAAGGACCUCCAGAUUUACCUCUAACAUAUGGAAGUGGAUGACCUCUUCUCUAAGAAUUGAGAUGUGCAAGUAAGAAAUUGCCCCACAUUUGGGUGGGAGAUGCCUUUAGGGAGAGUUGUAUGAGAUCUCAGAUACCAGCACUGGGCAUGCAAGAAGGACUUCUGUCUCCAUGUUUCUGACCUGUGAGCCUGUGUUUCCUUAUAAGGCUUCCCUAUAUUCAGGCCCUAACACACUAGAAAACAACCUUAAUGUUUCAAAUGAAGAAAAUUGUGGGUACCACUUAAAGGGGAAGAGGCAAACCUUAAGUCCAAUGCCAUGAGUCAGGAACACAAUAAAUGUGGCAUGAGAUCAGGAUGCCAUUAGCUUAUUUCCCAUGUAUUUUAAAUUAUCCUAAUGAGGAGAGAGAAUUUGAAACUCAAAAAAUUUCAAAUGAACAUUAAAAUUGUUUUUCGAUACAAUUGGGGAAAAAACAAAACAUAAAAAAUAAAUUAGCCAAGAUAUAAAAUUUCUUAGUAUUCUUAAUAAAAAUUCUUAAAAAUUAAAUUGGCCAAGAUAUAAAAUUUCUUAAUAAUAAUGUUUUAUAAUAAGAUUAUCUACUGGUUUAUUUUUUUAAGUAUUUAUCAAACCCAAUCCUUUUUAAAAUUAAAAAAAAUGUUCUGAAUUGAUUGCUUUGCUCUGUCCAAUUUGCUCUUUGAUUCUGGAACCAUGGAAGCAAUGAGCUUGUGUAAGUGUUGACCUCUCCUUAGCCAGGGGAAGUCAGUCUUAGCAAAGUUAGCAAAGGUAGUCUCCAGAUUUCCCUUUUACUUCUAUACAGAAGAGAGGAUUCCCCACAAAGAUACUCAUGUAAGUGGAUACUCCUAAUGGAGAAUCCCAAUGGAAGCUCUAUCUGAGGUUUGUCUGCUUCUCUGCUUCUCGAUCUGUGAUUUUGUGAUUGGGGGUCGUCCUUUGAAUGGUGUAAGCCGAGACCUCUUCUUAGCUUAUAGAUGAGUUUGAAUUUCUGUGACCUGAUAGGUUCACCUUCAGCUGCCAUAUUGAAUGCCCAUUGUGCAAAACACAACUAGGCUUCUUAUUAAAUAAGAGACAUAAUCUCUAACUGGACCUGUCUUGGAAGUCUUUCCUGCUUGUUGGCACCUACAAAAGCAUGGGUUCCACUGGCCUUGAAGAUAUCCAGGUCCUUUCUCUAAUCCUUUGAGGCCUGAGGGCAAGACUUCAGUAGAGGAGAAAGUUUCUGAUCUGGCCCCAAAAUGAUGCAUUAUCAUGAUUCAUCCUAAACAACUUCCCCAAUGGUUGAAGCAAAUAUAACCAUUAGGCUGCUUGGAGAAAAUACAUUCUUUUUGCAAAAUCUCAGUGUUGUUGGUUUUUGUUUUUGUUUUUUUAACUAAAAGGAAUUUUUCUUCUGUGGAAGCCUGGAUUCUCACUGAAAAUUCAGGACAGAAGGUCCCUGUCCCCCAGAAUAUAGUUAUCUCUAUUUCCUAGUCAUUGUUAAGGCUGUACAGCAGAGGUUAUCACAAUGUCACACCUCCACCUCUUUCUUUUAUCCAAUGUACUCCACUCCUUCCUGACAAAUCACUACAUUUUCAACAUUAUAAUUUUUAGCUGAUGUCUAAAAAAAUAAAUAAAUUCUAGCAGCUCUCUAACAAAAAAUAGAUUUAUGGAGUUUGUGGGAUUUAGGGAUUUGGGGUUACUAUUUUUGUUUCUAAAAACAAACUAUUCUGACAGUUGUCAUGCAGUUUAAUGUGUCUUUCCCCCACCCCACCAGCACUACAGGAGCUCAGCCAAUGAUGGCCCAUUCCAGCUACCUGGCCUGCUAACAAUGACCUUGAGAAAUGUAGGUUGAAGCAACUGUCAGGGAGCAUCAUCUCUUGUGAUAAGUGAGCAAAAGCUUGCAGCAAGAGACAGGAUUCUUGAAAUUUUUCUUGAAAAUUCAUCUCCUUGGGACAGACUGUGCAAGGCCUUCCCAUAUUGGUGAGAUGCUAGACAUUCAAUAUGGAAGGGAUCCUUCGGCCAUCGAUUGCUGCUUCUUCAUGUGACAUUAAUAAUGUACCCUUGGCCACGCUCUCUCCUAAUCUCCAGGCAAAUCCUGCUCACAAGAAGAUGGAGGCAGUGCUUGUUCAGAGCUUCUCACUUAGCCAUCUCUAUUUCUAUUCCUGGAAGCCACCACAUGACUAUUUCCUUGAAAACGAGAACCCCUCUUUGAGGUACUUUCUAGGCUUGGGCUACAUUUGUUGCAGGGAGGUUCAACAUAGAGAUCCCCCCCCCCAUUCCUGCCCCCCCCUUUGAGUUCUCAUCCUCUUUUGGGAACAGUUACCUUCUUUGAGUUGGAACCUAACUCACUGAAUGAAAAAUAUCCUCUCUCCAUUCAUGUUCAGUCUAGCCCCAGAACCCCAUCAAUGAGGGCUGCUGAGGACAACAGUGUUGGGUGCUGAUCAUCACUGUCUGAUUUGUGUCCCUCUGGCUUCUCCCCUCCAUCAUUCCUUAAAUUAAUUUCACUCCGAUUACUUAGGAAUAGUUGUGAGACAAGUUCAGUGACAGAAGACCCGCUCUCCUUCAUCUCUUACAUGCCACAUCCAGUGACAGGUACCAAAAUCCCAGUAGGAAGAACAAUGGCUUGACUUUGCCACUGCUGAACGCUUCAUCUCUGCCUUCACUCCUUAGUCCAAGAGAGGAAAGGGAAACACAGUUAUUGUAUGUAGCCAGACUUACAGGGGCCAGCUAUACAGGUGGGAGCACUAAACCUUUGGGGCACCUGAUUUCUAAUUAUUUGCAACAAAAGUUCCAUAUCAUUAACAAAGCUUUUUUUUUUUAGUGUUGAAACCAAAGUUUUUCAUGCAUAUUUUAUUCUUUAUCCAACCAUUCUGCCUAAGAAAUCAUGCCUCCAUCCCAUCCCAUUUCUCUCCCCUCUCUCUCUCUGUCUCUCUCCCUCUCUCUGUCUCUCUCUGUCUCUCUCUCUCUCUCUCUCUCUCUGUCUCUAUCUAUCUCUAUCUCUCCAUCUCCCUCCCUCUCCCCUCUUGACACUACUUCUAAGAAAGCCAAUCCUUUGAGAAAGAAAGAAAUCUUACUUUGAAACACUUGGGUUUUUCAAGCUGGGAAAUUAAUAAUUUCUAGACCUGACCCAUUUCUUGUGCCUGCCAAAAAGGAAAAGAAAAGCUAUUUAAAUUUUGUGUGGAGCCAUUUAUCUCUUAAAAUAUGCCAAAGCAAUUUGAGGUGGGGGAGGAGACGAAGGUAUUUAUCUCUGCUGCUUGAUUCUCUUUUUAUUUCUAUCUGUCAGGAAAAGGGUAGAAAACUAUUCUUGGGCUAUUAUUAUUGAUGCAUUGUGCCGUUGUUAGGCCUGACGUCUGCUUUGCCAUAUGCAGGAGGAUGGGUAUAAUAGCUGCCCUGCAUCCCCACCCUCUCCUACACUGGAGUUGGGGGAGGGGAAAAGGAAGGAGAUAAAUCUUAAGGCUGAAUAUCUUUUCUUGCCGCAGUGUUUAAAUUUCAUUUAUGAACCAGUUUGGAGAUUGUGUAAGGCCUGCUUUGUCUCAGUAAACUGGCUUUUUUUCCUUUGGCACACCCAGGAGGUUGUAAAUGUCAGAACACAUAGUCCACUUGCCUUUCACUCCUCGGUGGCCGGCAGUGCCUGCCACCUGGCAAUUGUAAACUAGAAGUGGGGGAAGAAGAUCUUAACUCUCCAUGUUCUUAUGAAUCCUGCCAAAUCUGUCUGGCUUAGGUGUUGAGGGGUAAAAGGGAGUGAGUGAUAAUUUAGUUAUCAACAAUGGAAAUAACACAUUUUAACUUUAAAAUGAAAAUAAGAUUUUUUAAAGAAAUCUAUUCAACACAUGCCUGGUAUAUCAAGUAAAUCAAAACUCUAUUUAAAACGUGACCGUGAAGUGAAUGUGCCUUAGAAGAACCAGACUUUGCUUUGUCCCACAGUAAAACCCAGCAGGUCGGUUCCGUGUUCCCAGCCUAGAGAAAUCAGGACACCAUUUCACAUUGAGAGAAUCCUAGUAUGAUGGGUUUAGAGCUGGAAGGAAUAUUAGAGUCCAUCCAACCCAGCCUCCUCAUUUGAUAGAUGCUCUAAGUCCUGGGGGGGCCCCAAGGUGUGGGAGAGCCUCCUUGCUUUACCCUGAUAUUGGGAAGGUGACCAUGGAGCAUGAUGUCUGCCUGUCCACUUCUGAUCUCAUCGUAGGAGAACCAAUCUUCUUUCCCUCUCCUACCUCCCAUGUUAUUCCAUGGCUGCCAUCUUUGAUUCUUGUUCUUCCUGGAGAGCCCUCAUCAGUUAGCUCUGACAGCCUGUUCACUCAAAGCCAUCGAGCUCUGUACCAAAACUCAUUUUUAGUUCUUCAGAGAUCAUUUUGUUCUCUGGUUGGCAACCAUUCUUGUGAGACCCAUUUUCCACCAACAGGACCAUCCACAGCGAUGAGUGGGUGAGUGAGAGACAAAGAUGGUGCCCUUGUUUUUUGAGUGACUUCUGUCUGAGGACAAGACUAUCGCGCUGCUUCAUAGAGUCUUAAACUCAAGUUGGUAACUUCUAUGGCUCCUGAUUAGAUCAGGGUGCAGGACUAGCUUUUAGAGACACAGGUAAGGGGGACUGGUGGGCAUCAUUCUGUCUGUGUUCUUGUUAGGGGAGUCUUUGUUAUUUGGGUUGUCUUGUUUUCUCUUGCAUGCUGAGCUGUGCUAUUACUUUAGUCACCGUGAAGUUUCUCCCUCCCGUUCACAAUGGGAAUAUGUGCAAUGAUGGGAAGAAGGGAAAGCAGCCUUCAAGAAACUUGAGACUCACUGAGUCUUUGUCAUGGCACAGGUAUUUUGUAGAGUUCCAGGAAAUGAAUCUUGUAGCCUGCAUGGCAGGAAAGCUCCUGGUUUAGGGUUUGUCCCAUCCUUCCACCGUAGAGUUCUCUCCUCCUUUGUUGUCACCUUCUACAAACCCAUCAGCUCCCCAGCAGCUUUGCCACUGCCUUUCCCACAAUAGCUCUGGGGUAGCUGCUGAGCUGGGAUCCAGCCAUUGGAUGACUCGGUCCCGUUUGCACUAUUUGCAAGAAUGACUCGAAUCUGUGAUCUUCCGCUGAAGCUUACGCAUCAGCAAAGCGAGAAGACGGUCUCUAAAUAUAGCCUUUAUUAGCUUGCCUUUCCCACUGAUUGACUGCCGUUAGAGAAGUGCCUAUUCUAAGACUCUGAAAAGUUCCUCGUGUGUGGGGAUGGGUUUUGGAGGCGCUCACAGCCAAAGGCACACUAGGUAGCCAUCCCGUGUGUACCGCCGGAAACAGGAGGUGGCAGAGAGUUUUUUUUAAUGGUGCCAAAUGGAGGCGAGACAUUUGCUUCGAGCAUUACCUCUCCAGUGGAGUCGGGGCUUGCUGACAGAGAGCUCCUUAUUACUUUCCCUCCUGGAUGAGGGUACAUUCCAGAGCUUUCCAGUUCCGUAUUUAAAGGGAACACGGGCCUUCGGUGAUUAGCCAUGACUGAGGCCCAGAGGAAUAAGGAGAGCCCAGGCUCCAUCAACGUGUUUGAAAAAUAAAGAAAAGGAGCCACCAAGCUGUGGUGCCUUUGAGUCAUCCAUCUUUCUCCCUCCUCCCUUAGCUCUCAGGCUAGUGUUUGAGAAACGCUGCCCAGUAGGCUCAGCUCCUGUUUUCUCCAGUUCAGGGUGCCAAACGCCCAUGCCAGCUCGACAGUGGGCUCUCACUGUGCUUCCUGAAAACAGUGGAUGCAGCCCACUCAGCCCAGCUCACUCACUCAUGGAAUUGUUUCCCUGGGCCUGAGGCUGAUGAAAGAAGGCAGCUUCUGCCCAAAGAGAGAGCGGCAGAUGGGCAGCUCUGGGUCUUCCCUGGACAGCCCCCGCCCUCCCCGAACUAUGGAUUGAGGGCUAGAGGAUAGUAGUCUGUUCCUGGGAAAUCCGGGAAUCAGGCUGAAGUAGCUCCUCUAUCACUGGACAGGCGGUCCAGGGGAAGCACGACCAAAUGCAUUUCCAUCUGGUCUAUACUGUUGAAAUCAAGUAAAAAGUCUUAUUUGCCAAAAUUUGGGGGCUUCGUUUAUCUUACUUCUCUUACAUCUUAGCAAGAUUUUAAUAUCAGUUAGUCAAUUUGUCAUCAUUUAUUAUGGGAUGUGCCAAGAACUGAAAGUAGCCCAUUUCCGAGGUUGAAGGGUGGUGAUUUUUAACUCUCUUGCUCUUUCCUUUCCCUAUUGCUCUCAAAUGUUUGAAGAAGCUUUGUAUCCCGAUUCCCGCCCCCUUUUCCUCCAGAGAAGCACCCAGUGAAAGAAGUCUUCCGUGGCAGCAGGGUAACCCUGCUCUCUCUCCUUUUGCAUGUGCCAAGAGCCCCCGCUGCUCAAACCUAGCAAACUCAGGGCUUAUUUUGUGCCAGGGUCUCAUAGGGUCACCGAGUCUUCUACCAAGUGGAUGAUCACUUUGGAAUUCUCCCCCCGUGGGCAGUCUAAGAGGCUCCCCCAAAUUGGGUACUUAGGGCAAGGAAGAGGGGCGCUCCAGCUAAAAGACAUCCCCCCGACACACACACACACACACACACACACACACACACACACAUCCAUAGUCUUUCUCUUCCUUCCUUUGACCACUUUUGGUAACAGCUGAUCAGCCAGAGGCUGUUGAUGGAUUGUUGUUGGUUUGAUCAGUGUUGGUGGAUUGAUUCCUUCCUGAGUGUUUGGGGGUGGAGGUUUCUUCCUGUGGCCUUGAGUGGGGAGUUAGGGGUGAGUCUUGCCCUCAAGGGGCUUCUAACAUCCUGAACAGACCAGGAGUCAUUCUUGUCGCUACUGGCCGAGACCCUUUCCUUGUAAGGUAGGCAGGUGGUAUAUGGUAGGGUGGGGAUGGGGAGAAAAGAGAGAAUGGACGAGACAACUGAGUUUUUUUCUUUGGAGUGCCAUCAAAGCCUCACUUCAUCACAUGGGCAACUUGGGAGAAAAGUGAUCUGUUUUGUUGUUUUUUAGACACAAAUCUGUUCUGUAAUCAUGGAUUCAAUUGUGUAAUGUUGAUGGAACCCCAGAAUUCCUAGAACAAGGGUUCUUACCUUUGAAUAGAUUUCAGAGGGUUAGUGAACUUGAUUUGGGGGAAACAGAGUUCCAGCUUGAUUUUCACUAACCUCUAACUCAAAUGCAGUGUUUCCUUUGGUUCCAAAUUGGAAAAGUAAGACUUGGAUUUAAAAAGGGAUCUGUCCGCUUCACUGGACUGCCAAAGGGACCUAUGGCACACAAACACACAAAGGUUAGGAACCCUGUCCUAGAACCCGAAUGCCACUUUUUCUGCUCUCAGCUAAUCAGCCCUGUGUAUUUCAGCACGAUUUCUGACAUAUUUAGCAGAGUGCACAUGGUUACCUCUGACAAGAGGGUGAGAAAACCUGUUCUAAGCAUGCGUUUUCAGUAUUCUUUGAUUUUGCAUUAUCCGAUUGUAUCCAAAUGUCUUUUCCUCUGUACCCUUUUCUUUCAGUUAUCUCUAUCAGUUAUGCAUUUUCAAAUGUUCUGUAAGAAGAGACUAUGCAAUUAUCAGAUGCCUUUUUUCUGCAAAAGAAUAGAAAUUGCUUGAUUGCAUUUAAGAAUCCAAUAAACUCAUUAGUAAAUCUU